AUGCCCACAGUUCCCGCAAAACCAUAUUUAUGGCCUCAAGAUGGCUCCUUUUCACGCUCGUCGACGGCCUUGGUGAUCAUCGAUAUGCAGAAUGAUUUCUGCCAUGAGCAGGGCUAUCUGGUAUAUCAAGGCGGAUCUGUACAACACACCCGUACUGUGAUCCCAAAGAUCGCUCAGUUGCUAGAAGUAUUUCGUGAACGGCAGUUCCCCAUUUAUCACACACGCGAAGGACACCGCCCAGACCUCUCCACACUUUCUUCACGCGAGCACUUCCGUUCGCGGAACAACUCCAGCGGACUCGGUAUAGGCGACCAAGGCCCCCUGGGACGCAUGCUCGUUCGAGGCGAGCACGGACACGAUAUCGUCGACGAGCUGUACCCACUCGAAGGCGAGCCUGUCAUCGACAAGCCCGGGCGCUCCGCCUUCGCGCACACCGACCUCGAUUUGCUGCUGCGGAUACGCGGCGUGCGGAAUCUCGUGAUAUGUGGCGUCACGACGGACGUGUGCGUGCACUCGACGAUGCGCGAGGCGAACGACCGCGGCUAUGAUUGCUUACUGGUCGAAGAUGCAAGCGGUGCUGGUACGGACGGUCUGCAUCGUGCUGCUGUAGAGAUGGUCCAACACGAGGGCGGUAUCUUUGGAGCUGUCGCGACUACUGCAGAUAUUAUGAAGGCUGUCAAAGACUCUGCGAACGGAGGCUAGAUUGGAGGUCUGUCGAUGGCCGAUCUCCUCCCAGGACAUGCCAGUAAUGAAGUUUCGUCGUAUAACUUGUUGCGGUAUGAGGCAGCCUUCGCCUCCAUUUUGUACGAUAACGCCAGUAUUUAUCUCCACGAGAACACGGACCGGCCUGCGCGAUAUACCAGGCUACG